GGGAAUACAGUCUACAGAUACAGGAUGUAGAUGUGACGGAUGAUGGUCCAUACACUUGUUCUGUGCAGACCCAACACACUCCGAGAACAAUGCAGGUGCACUUAACUGUACAAGUUUCUCCGAAGAUAUCUCGUAUUUCAACUGACAUUGUUGUGAAUGAAGGAAGCAAUGUUACACUUAUUUGCUUGGCCACUGGGAAACCAGAGCCUUCCAUUUCUUGGAGACAUAUCUCUCCAUCAGCAAAACCAUUUGAAAAUGGACAAUAUCUGGACAUCUAUGGAAUUACAAGAGACCAGGCUGGGGAAUAUGAAUGCAGUGCAGAAAAUGAUGCCUCAGUCCCAGAUGUGAAAAAAGUAAAAGUCACAGUAAACUUCGCUCCCACAAUUCAGGAACUUAAAUCCAGUGGUGUGAUGCUAGGAGGUAAUGGACUGAUAAGGUGUGAAAGUGCAGGAGUUCCUGCUCCGGUCUUUGAGUGGUACAAAGGAGAGAGAAAACUGAUCAAUGGUAAACAUGGAAUUACUAUUAAAAACUAUAGUACAAGAUCACUUCUCACUGUCACCAAUGUAACAGAGGAGCAUUUCGGCAACUACACAUGUGUCGCUGCCAACAAGCUGGGAGUGACCAAUGCCAGCCUGCCUCUCAACCCUCCAAGUACAGCCCAGUACGGGAUUACCGGUGGUGCUGAAGUUCUGUUCUCCUGCUGGUACCUUGUGUUGACACUAUCCUCUUUCACCAGCAUAUUCUACCUGAAGAACAUCAUUCUACAAUAAAUAUAAAGAACCAUGAAAGGCUUUUAAGGAUUCUCUGAAAGUGCUGAUGACUGGAGCCAAUCUGGUAGAGUUUGUUAAAAGCAGCGUGGGAUAUAAUCAGCAGUGCUUACAUGGGGAUGAUCGCCUUCUGUAGAAUUGCUCAUUAUGACAUGAUGCCACUUGCAGUGGUGUGGAGCUUUGAGGUGUAUACCCUGGGAAUGCAUUUUAUGUGGCAUUUCAGGCUGGAAGUAAGUCUCAGGGUUCUUUGGUUUGUCUCCUGAUUCUUGAACUCUUCACUCUGGCAAUACUUGUUUCAUUUGCACAUCAGACUAUCAUAUGACUGCUCUGGGCCCAUCCUGGGUGGCCCCUCCUGGGGCUCUUCUAGUCAUGCACUGCUGUCACUUGAAAAUUUAUUUCACCUUGUUAUCCAUUUUGCGACUGCUCUCUAGUAUUAAAAAAGUCCUUCUUUGCCCAGGAUCUUAUAUAUAAAUAAUACAUGCAAAUAUACUUGAACAAGUUGUCCCAGGUCUA